AUGGAUCCCCGUUUUGCUCAAUUUAUGCCGAUGAAUGGUUUUCAACACAAUGGACGUUUAAAACAUAAAAGACAUCGACGAAAACGCCAUGAUGAAUCGUCUCUUCUUAGUCGCGAUGAAUCCAUACACAAAGUUGGUAGAACACAUCACCAUCAUCAUAGUACACAUGGUGAAGAUAUUGUAGAACAUGGACAACCGUUCCCAGGUGGUCAAGGACAACAAGGCGGUUAUGGGAAUCAAGGAAUGGAUUAUCAGCAGAGCUAUGGAGCACCCGUCUAUCAACAUCAUCGACAUCAUCAUCGUCAUUCGCGACGUGGGGAGGAUUCAUUGGUUGGACAAUCAGCAGGUGGUCAAGGCAUUGGUAGUACAUCAAAGUUGGGUGAGAAUCGUUCGAUAUCACGAUCACCUCUACGCGAUGCACAAUUGGGUUCCAGCGAGCAACGAACCGGAGACCCAGUGGAAGCAAGACAUCAUCAUCAUCAUCGCCGACAUCGACACUAUGAGCAAUCAGAACUAUCAGGACGACAACAUCGUCAGGAAUCAUACUUCAGUGACGUUGAAAUGAGUGGAUGGAGGACUACCAUAAAAUUAAAUGUACCUAAAAUAUUUGAAUAA